UCUGAUCACUCACUCGCUAGUGGAGCACCCACGCUAUUUGUUUUCUGCUAACAAUAAGCUUACUUUUUAUUUGUUGGUUUGUUUGAUUGGUUGCAGGGAGAACUUGUGAUUGUUGGAAGUUGAAAAGACGUGACUUCCCUGCUGCACCCAUUCACUUGUCAAGUUUGCUGUGGUGUCUUCAAACUUCAAAGUUGAAAGUGCAUGCAGAUGCAGAUGUAGGAUUUCCAAUAUCCAUGUUGACGCAAUAAUGAGGAUUAUCUUAUAUUCUUCUCAUUCGAAUUCGAUGAUUGCUGUUUGCUGCUAGAGGUUUGAGUCAACCUUGUGUUGGAAAGUCAACAAGGUGAAGUUGCAUUUAGUGGAGUAUUGAUGGAUUUUGUUAGCAGCUUUGCCGCUUCAAUUUCAAGAGACUUGGUCUGUGGAGCAGUAGACGAAUUACGCUAUCCUUGCUGCUUCCACGACCUUGUUGAGGGCCUUGAACAUGAAGACAAAAUGCUUGUGGACACAAAAAAGCGUGUCCAAGAACAUGUUCAUCACCAAAAGCGGCAACUGAAAAAGACUGAUGAACUAAUGCACAAAUGGCUCAACCAAGCUAACAACCUCUCAAAUGAUGUGGAUAAUUUACUCACAGAAACAAGGACAAACAAGAUUUAUUGUUUCGGGAAGUGUCCUAAUUUGUUUUGGCGAUAUCGCUUGGGGAAGAAGUUAGUAAAGAACAAAGGGGAUGUUAAAAAGUGUAUUGGAGAAGGCAGCAAGUAUACGCAGUUUGAACGGCUUGCUUCGCUUCCAGGCUUGAGAUACUUUUCUCCUGAAAGAUGUUUGAAGUUUGAGAGCACACAAUCUGCUUAUGAUCAACUCAUGCAGGCACUAAAUGAUGACACUGUUAACAUGGUCGGCAUGUAUGGGAUGCCAGGAUGUGGUAAAACUACAUUGGCAAUGGAAGUUGGGAGAAAGGCAAAAGAAGAGGGGCUUUUUGGGGAAGUAGUCUUUGUUCCUGUGUCUAGUGUUGUGGAAAUUCAAAGAAUCCAAGAAAAAAUUGCAAGUUGGCUACAGUUUGAUUUUCCUCAAAAAGAGGAAAUUCAAAGAGCACAAUGCUUGGACAAGUUCAUCGGAGAAAAUCAUGAGAAUGUUCUUUUGAUUUUGGAUGAUGUAUGGCAUAGGCUUGAUUUUGAAGCCAUAGGAAUUCCCUCCUUUAAGAACCACAGGGGAUGCAAAGUUCUCAUCACCACACGGUCUGAAGCAGUUUGUUCUCUGAAUGAUUGCCAAAAGAAGAUCCGAUUAAAGACCAUAGAACUUGAAGAAGCGUGGAAACUUUUCCAAACUCAAGCACAGAUAACUGAAGACACUUCUAAUGCCUUGAAGAAAUUGGCACAAGAAAUUUCAGAUAAAUGUGAAGGACUGCUUGUGGCAAUAGUAGCUAUAGCUAACACUUUGAAAGGCAAGGGUGAAGCAGAUUGGAAGGUUGCGUCAGAUAAUCUUAAAAGAUGUAAGCCUGUGAUCAUUGAGGGAGGUUUGCAAAAUCCUUAUAAGAUUCUGCGUGUCAGCUAUGAUAACUUGGACCCUGUAGAACAGUCACUUUUCUUGUUAUGUUCUGUAUUCCCUGAAGACUUUGAAAUUCCAGUUGAAGAUUUAAUCAGAAUUGCAAUAGGGGUGGGCCUAGUUGAAGAAGUUGUCACAUUUGAAGGGGCAAGAAACAAAGUAAUUGUAGCUAAGGAUAAGCUUUUAAGUUUCAGCUUAUUGUUAGAUGCUGUUGGAGUAAACUGUGUCAAAAUGCAUGACUUAGUUCGCGAUGUAGCCCGUUGGAUUGCACGCAAUGAUGGUAAGGCAAUUGAGUGUGUCAUGGAAAACAAUGCAAACUUGGUGGAUAGCACUCCGAUAAGAUAUCUGUGGUGCAAGCAAUUUCCAGUAGAGUUGGACUGUUCUAGUAUUGAAUUUUUAUGCAUAAAAACAGAUACGGAAGUAUCAGAAGGAAUUUUCAAAGGAAUUGCAAGUCUCAGAGUUUUGAUUCUUUGCUGGGAAGGCCAUCAGAGAAGAGAAUUCUCAACCAUGUCCCUCAAAUCACUGACAGACCUUCAUUCUCUAUUCCUAAGUGGGUGGGAAUUAUUUGACAUCUCGUUUGUGGGAGAUAUGAAAAAACUUGAAAGUCUUACAUUGCAUAAUUGUUCUCUCCCUGAAUUAAUUGAUGUUCUAGUCACACAAGUACCAAACCUGAGAUUGCUAGAUUUAUCAGGAUGUGAAAUGGAAGGGAAUCCAUUUGAGGUAACUGGAAAGCACCCGCGAAUUGAGGAACUGUACAUCAAUGAUGAUAGGCCAGAAUGGGAUUUGGAAGAUGAAGACCCUCCUGAAUUCUUCAGCAAGUUCAGUGUCCCCCAACCAUUGGAAAGGUAUCAAAUACGACUGGGCAAAUACUUUUCAAAAUAUCAACAAAAGUGUCUCAGUCAUGGCAGAACCUUAUUUCUUAGUUGUUUUGACACGUCUAAUGUGGCAGUCAGGAAUUUGGCCACGAAAGCAGAAAUUCUGUAUAUAGCAAAUAUUCGUGGAGAUGUCAAAAGUAUCAUCCCUGGCAUAUUUCAAAUUGAAGGAGGAGGAGGAGGUAUGAACCAUGGGUGGAUUGAGCUGCUGAUAAAAAAAUCAGAGAAUAUAGUGCAUUUGGUUGACACCGGCAAACAUUUGAAUGAAGUAGGUUCUCUUUUGUCCGAGUUGCGCAAGCUAACAAUCAAGCGGAUGAAGAAGCUAAGAUAUUUAUAUCAUGGUCAGCAUGGGAGUGGUCUUUUUGUGAAACUAGAGGAGCUGUAUAUAAAAAAGUGUCCACAAUUGCAAGGAACAUUAUUUGACUGGAAGCUGAACUUGUGCAGUCUAACGGCCUUGAAAUUGUUUGAGUGUAAAAAGCUGACAUCUGUCUUCACGCUUGCUGCAGCUCGUGUGAGCCACUUGGAAAUACUGGAAAUAUUGUACUGUGAUGGAAUCAAGCAUGUAUUAGAAGAUGAUGAGGAAAUUGAGUCAAGUAAUGAUGAUGAUGGCUGUUUAGUGUUCCAAAAGUUGAAACGGCUAUUAGUUAGAGGGUGUAAGAAGAUUGAAUACAUAAUCCCAGCCACAUUGGCUCAGGGCCUACUACAUUUGGAAUGCUUGGAAAUAGAAGAUAAUAAUGAGUUGAAACAUGUGUUUGGCCACUCCAAACAUGGAGCCCAGAAGAGCCAAAAUGCACUCAAGAUUGAUCUUCCACGUCUAGGAGAGCUUGCUCUUGUUAAGUUGCCAAACAUCAUUAGCAUUUGCCCAAGAAAUUGCCGUGCAACAUGGCAAUCACUACAUCAGGUAGCUUUGCGGAAUUGUCCUGGGUUUGUCAUUGAGUCUGCCAAUAAUUGCAUGGCUGAUUCCAAGAGAAGACAGGAUGACCGGAGUAUCAUUGAGAUAAAAGGCAAUGACUCAAGUUUAUAUGAGAUACGAAUGAAGGAGUGUGAGUUAAAAGCCGUACUUGAGGUGGCAGAACGAUUCAUUGAUAAGGAGCAAGAUCCAUUGAUGAAAUGUUUACAAAAGCUAGGCUGUAUAUACAAUGCUCUUAUACAAUCCAUGAAUCCCCAAAAUCUUGAGCAAAUGGUGGUAAGUGGAAACACUAAUGCAGGAGAGUUUCAAUACUUGCUAGAUUUUCAUUUGGAAUCUAAUCAAGUGGAAAAUUCCCCGCCAUCAGUUUCCAUUGUGAACUACAGAUUUGGACCAUUCAAUCUGUGCAAUCUCAAAAGUCUGAUAUUAAGAUCUUGUUUUAUGCUACGAACAUUGUUUGAACCAUCCACAGCUAUUAGCUUGACUUCAUUGGAAGAAUUGAUGAUAGCCGAUUGCCAUGAGUUGAAAUAUGUAGUAACUUCUGAAAUUGCUCAUGGAAAUAUAGAGGAAAUAACUCCAGAAGAUUACGAACCACAGAGUUAUGCUUCAAUGUUUCCAAGAUUGAAAAGGAUCAAUGUUAUGAAUUGUCGCUCAUUGGAAUAUAUACUGCAUGUAUCCUUUGCUCAAGGCCUAGUGGAGCUGCAAGAAGUCGAAAUACGACAUGCUCCUCAGUUGAGAUAUAUAUUUGGUGAAAAUAUUAACGAUCGUGUUCAUUCUUCUAAUGAUCAUCAAGAAAAUGUCCAAAUUGAGCUUCCUGCUUUGGAAAAAAUGGCACUCUUCGAUUUACCAAAUAUGACCAACAUUUGUUCGGGCAGUUAUUAUGCCACGUGCUCAUGUCUGCAACAGACUGUCAUGGAUAAUGUUGGGUUGUCUACCCUGUCUGUCAACAAUAGGAUGGUUCAUUCAGGAGCUACACAAUCACAGUCACAAAAAGGAAAAAACUCUUCACAUUCAAGUCGCAAUCGUGGUUCUGCAUUUGAUAAAACAAAUGGGAAAAUGUCAGGAUCUGAGUCUAUUUGGAACAACUCCGAAAUAGAAGGCAAUUUUCAUCUGGAUGAAGUUCCCAUCAACAGACAAGAAAUGACCUCAUGGUACAUAUGGAAGGGUGCCAAACACUUCGUGACCCUCCAAAAUGUUACUUUGCUAUAUAUUUUGGGUUGUCAAAAGCUGAAGGUCAUAUUCUCUCCCUGUGUAUUGAGAAGCCUACCUCAAUUGACGAUCCUAGUAGUAAUACAGUGUCGUGAAUUGGAGCAAAUCAUUGAGGAGGAUGAAAAUUACGAAGUUGCACCAAACCCUGAAUCCAAAAAAGUGUCCUUCUCAAAGCUAAAGUUACUUCUUAUCACUCAUUGCAACAAAUUGAAGCAUAUGUUCCAUCUUUCUGCAUCCCACGAGUUUCCACAACUAGAGUAUUUGAUCAUAAAACAAAAUCCCUGCCUUGAGCAAGUAUUUCGAGAAUGUGAACAAGUUGUGGGGGAUAGGAAUGGGAGGGUGGUCGAGGCUUUGCUUCCAGAACUGAAACAUGUAAUAUUAAUGCAACUGCCAAACUUAUAUAACAUCUCUCAAGGGAUAGAGUUUAACAAUCUGGAUAAUCUUCUUGUGCACAAUUGUCCAAAACUCACACUUACUUCCACAACUACUGCAGAGGAGAUGUUGCGAAGUUAUUAUCAUGACAACGUAAUUAAUUUCUUCGUGCUUAGUGAAUUACUCUGCAUAAAUGAUAUUAUAAAUAAAGAAACUGUUCAACAUCAACCAGCAUCUGAAAGCCGAGGCAGAGCCAAUGAAUCAGAUGAGAUUCUCACAUCAGGCAGAGAAAACAAAAGAGAGUUACAAUCAUUGGAGCAGAUUCCUCAAGCUGACUUGACACAGAGGGAAUUUGUCAAUGCUUCUAGGCUUGAAGACAAGGAGCAUAAGAGUGAGAACAUAAACAAAGAGGGAAGUUCUCAGAAUCCGUACCAUGAAAGGUGUGAGAGCAAGAAUCUAGAAGAAAAGGAGAUCUCUUAUGGACAAGAGCAUGAAGAACCUAAGAGAGAGGAGUUGAACAAAGAGGAUUUUAUUGAACCACGUUGUUCUUAUGUUCUUGACAGGCAGCACCAGGAGAAAGAGCAUUCUUGCAGUGUCUGUAUUACUCAAUGCUCUAACGAUACAUCCAUUGUAGAGGAGCUGAAUUCUUUAGUUGAAGCUGGUGAAUUGCGAGCUGAAUGUGUUGCAACUUUGAGCUCUUUCUUAACUGCUCAGCCUUCAAUGCGUCUCACCGUUGAUAACUCCUCUUUGAUUUUUAAAGGCUUUGCUUAUUCAUCACUUCACAGGCUUGUGUCUUUUCUAUCUACUCAACCUCUAGUGUCUCUUGUUGGCGACAAGCAUGCUGAAUUCUUGGAUCUCAUUCGCCUCGUUGGAUGUUUUCCUUUCAACAAAGGCUGGUUAAGUGAUUUGGAGGACAGGGUUGCCACUUCUUUGCCGGCUUCUUCCUUGUCAACCUUGGAUAAACUUUUUGCAGAUAAACAACAGGUUCUUUCUAAGUUGGAGCCGCUUCAGGAUAGAGUGAAUGCCCUCCACUCUGAACUUGCUGAAUUGUCCACUGAGAUGGAACCCUUGUUACGUUCUCUACAAGAAACAGAGGCUCAGGAAGCCAACAUUCUCGCCACCUUGAAUUAUCCAUUGUUUCAACUUUAAUCAUGUUGCUCUUUAAUUUGUUUGUUUGGAAUUGUUACUUUCUCUUCAAGAAACAGAGACUUUCUUUGUUUCAAGAGAAAGAGGGUCGAAAAUCUUUCUUGUUUCUUCCCGAUAAUGGGCAGAAGUGGGAGGGAAGUUGGCUUGGCUUUCUUUUUCACAAAAAUAUCCCUUCAAAUAUUGUGUCUUGGCUUGGCUUGGUUUGUUAUUGUUAUGCUACUAUAUUUUGUGGUUCCCUACCUAUGUGUUGAUGACAGAAGCUGCUACUCUAAUGACAGUCUUUAUUGAACCUGGGUUAUUAUUUAAGACAUGAUAAAUAUAGAUGAGUGAAUGUAACUAAUGUAUAUUCUGAAUGUGAAAAUAAUAAAAUAUGAUGACUU